AUGUUUGUCACCAAGGGCUUGUCGGCUCUCCACACGAGGCCCAACACCAUCUUCAUCUUCGUCUUGGUCGUUCUUCUGCUCAUACAGGCCAAGUCGUACUAUCGACCGGCAAAACAGGUUCCCAUUCCCGUCGAGCUGAAAGACGCUGUCGACGGAGAGCCGUCGGCGGAGGAAUCUUUCUUCAAGCACCUCGUCGACACGUACAGGUUCACGAACCUCACGACGUGGCAGGCGUGGCGGAUCCAAGCGACCGAACAGAAGGACGAGGCGAGCUCCCUCACAGCCGCCAACUACGACUUCCACUCGCAGGCGGAGAGGAUCAUCAACGUGAAUGCCCCGAAUCGGACCGACCUCCAUGCCUCCCGAAAGCUGCUGCUGCCGACCCGUCGUGGCGCCAGGAUGGACGACGUCGACGGCUCGCCCUUCCUCUUCGGCAUCUCGACGACGUUCGAACGCAUCGCGGACCGGGAUUGGGCCCUCGUGCGCUCGUGGAAGCGCUGGAUGACUCACCACGGCAAGGCCAGCAACGGCGCCGACCUCGUGCUCAUGCUCAACAAGGCGACGGACCAGCAACUCUACGAGCUCGACGCGAAGCUGCACGAGGCCUCCAUCGACGUAUACGCCCUUUCGACGGAGGAUUCCAUGUCCAUGGCCCGUCGCUACUACGAGAUUACACGCAUCAUGAAGACGUACAGCGCGACGCUCGCCGCCAGCGGCCAGCGUAAGCGAUGGUUCGCCCUCGUCGACGACUCCGUCUUCUUCCCGGGCCUGUCCUACCUCAACCAGCAACUUUCAGCCUACGACAGCGACGAGAAACUGUUCAUCGGCCUGCCAGACGAGCGCGGAGACUGGUACGAGGCCGACGGCGGUCUCACCACCUCGGGCGGCGGCGCACUCCUCCUGACGCGCUCCGCCCUCAACAACCUGCCGCGGCUGCCGUGCUUCCAAGAGGACGAGCAGGUGUCAUCGAGGCGGCCCCGGAAGUGGGACGUGCUGCUGUCGGACUGCAUGAAGAAGCAUGCUCGGCUCGACAUGCACGUCAUGGCUGCCGCCUUCUCGCCCUAUUACGACGUGCCCUCGGACCCGGCCGGCCACGAGAUGGGCACCCGACCGCUCGUCCUGCACGACUACGGUGAGCGACACAGGAUUGAUCCCGGCUUGGCCCACCUCGUCACCGACGCCUGCGGCGAGGGAUGCUUCAUGCAGCGCUACCUCUUCCACGACAACUGGCUCGUCGUCAACGGCGUGUCCAUCAGCCAAAAUCCCGACGGGCUGGCCAUGUCACGCAUCCGCAUCCGCAAUUACCGCGCGCAACCGCCUCGGACGCGCAUUACCGGCCCCCUCGUCAUGGACGACAGCGGUGACGGCGGCGAGAGGGCCGUCAUCACGCCCAAGGGACGGCGCAACGUCUGGAAGCUGCUGGACUCUGUCGCGUCUGCCGACGGCACCGUCUGGCAGGCGUACUUGAAAAGGGGCCAAAGCGGGCUGGGCUGGGAGACGGAUGGUGUCACGAGCAUGGACAGCAUCAUUGUGCUGGCGUGGGAGAGCAGCUCGCGAUGA